GUAGUCUGUUGGGCAGGCAAAAGUGACAGCUGCAUAUGAUUAACAUGGAUCGACAAGACGUAAAAGCCAGAUACGCAGAAAAAAUUAAAAAAUUCUGUUUUGGUUACGACCCGUAUCAAUGGAUGCAGCAUGAAUAUUCAAAAAGUGCCUUACCAAAAAAUGUGACUUAUUACGACCUAGUGGAAUAUCUUGUAAAUCGCGAAAGUCCGUAUACCCGGAAAUGCUUUAAGGCCUUCAAGAGCUUGGACGCAUACAAAAAUUUCAAGGCGGGAUGGGUACAAUUUUUAGGUUCCAGAUACGUCGAUUCUGGUUUUUGUAUUGUGUUUGCUCAGGUGAAGCAUUCCCAAAAAUUUAACCUAAAGCCUACAUCUACCUGGGUGUCGGUAGAUCCCACAGGAACAGUUCAAACUGCACAUUGCAAUUGUAUGGCAGGAUUAGGUGAAGUGUGUUCUCAUGUAGGCUCUGUGCUUUUUGCUCUCGAGUGCUGGUCCCGUAAAGAAGUAAAUGAAAAUGAACCUUCGUGUACAGAUAUACUUAAUCGGUGGUUGGUUCCACCGAAAAAAGCGGUUAAUUGUGGCGAAAUUAAAGACAUAUUCAGCCAGAAAGAUCAACCAGUUUCCAGAUAUGAUUUCCAGAUACCCGAAUGCCCUGCGAAAGAGUUGAAUGUAUUUAUACGUAAAUUGAUCGAUAACGGAGAAAAUCCAUCAGUUGGCCAAUUUAUGGAAAAUACAAGAAAGCAUUCGAAUGUGAACUCGAGCCUUUGUGACAUUGAUCUUUAUCCGAAUAUGUUAAAAAUCCUUUUCUGCCAAUUUUUUGAUCCAAAUUUAAGAGGAAAGUCGCUCAACGAGCUUCGCGAAAUAGGGAAUAUUGAGAAAAAACCAUUUUUCGGAGCAUCACCGGAUGCAAUCGCCGUUUGUGAUUGUUGUGGAGAGGUUUCUGUGGAAAUCAAGUGCCCUCAUUGCCUGCGAGACGGUAAAACAAUAAAAGAAUAUGUGACUAGGCCAGAUAGUCCUAUUCAAAUUACGGAAACAGGAUAUAAAAUGAACCACAAUCAUCAGUACUUCUAUCAAGUGCAAAUGCAGAUGUAUAUACUUAAUGUUAAGUUUUGCGACUUUGUUGUUUGGACAAACAAGGAAUUGGUCAUACUGCGAGUGGACCGAGACGACACAUUUUUGAAGAAAGAGUUGAUAAAAGCCGAAAGUUUCUUCAGAUUGGUUAUUAUGCCUGAACUUUUAGGCCAAUACUAUACAGGAGGGUAUUUUAAAGAUAGAUUGUGA